AGCCUCUAGGGACAGGCAGAGAGUGGGGCUGAGAAGAUGUUGGCACAUCACCAUCUUGCUGAAAAGGGCUUUUCCAGGGCAGGAUUUGUAGUGUUAGCUUAGCAUUGGUGCUUGGCUUUGGCUGGAGUUCAAAAUAAUGUAGCCAAACGUACAGGGAGGAAUGGUCCUGCCCUCCUUCCCCCUCGCCCCCAAAUGUGGGGUGUGGGGCCCUUAGAGGUUAGGCAGGCUCAGGGGAGGUGCAUUCUGUCCUGUACCCCCUUCCCUGCACCCACACUCCCAGGCACCGAUUAGCCCCAGCUCUGAGCUCCUCUGGGAACAGCAAGUAAAUCUGAGGGAGCUUAUGUGUGUCCCAGGCACGUCUGGGCUCAGUGCAUGUCCAAACCUCGGGCACAGUCAGGAAUGAGGCCAGCCACAAGGGCCUCAGGCAGCCACUGCCCCUUGUUCCCAUGCUGCUCCCUGGAAUUGGGGAUGGCUCUUCAGAGAGCACUGGGCCGUGACAGGUCCUUUGCCCCAUCCUGCUGGGCAGGAGUUUGCCUUGCUGAGCAGUAGUACUGGAUUCAAAGCCAAGCUCUUCCCUAAGCUGCCCCUUGUUCUGCUGUCCCCACCUGCUUGGGGCUUGCCUGCUCAAGGUGGGGCAAACUCACUCUGACCUGCAGUGCUUGGCCCAUCACCCCAGCCACGUGCCUCUGGAUCAUCCCUGGAACAGAACAGGGGCUGGGGGAGGGGAGGUUCUCAGGCCCCCGCCUGCCUGCCCAGCACCUUCCUGGAGUAUAGUUUGGGGAGUACCCGGCACCCUGUUGAGCCCCAGACAGGAUCUGACCCUGUUGCCUUCUCAGCACUGGGUCUGGUCUCCAGCCCUGCUGCAAGCCCCCAGCAAAACUGUGCCAGGGGCAGUGCCAGCAGCAGGGGCAGUGCUCGGCCUGUGCCCCUGUCCUGCCUAGCGUCCCCGCAAGCGCCGGCACACAGCGGCUGGCCCUGCCUCAAAGCAUUCCCUGCUCGGGCCCCCCCAUCUCCUCCCCGUGCCCGGAAGCCCUGGGAAAAGUUCCGCCAGGAAAGCAAAGUCCAGGCUGUGAGACUCAGGGCAGCCAUGGCCAGGCACUGUGGGGCGAUGGCAACCAGAAUCCAGGCAAGACUGAGCAAGGUCUGCCCUCCCCGCUUGCUGCAGGACUGGCAUCCGUCCCUGGGGCUGUCAGGAGCACGUUUGGCCCACACCGGGGCUGCAGAGAGGCUGCAGCGGGAGUACGACGCGGUGGUGAUCGGGGCAGGGCACAACGGGCUGGUGGCAGUAAGUACCAAGAAUGGCAUGCUGCCUCUCCUCGGGGAACAGCCAGGGACUGGGAGGGGUCUACACAGUGGUCAAGGGAGGGCUCUGGUGGCAGUGCUCACGGGGAUGGGGGCUCCCACAGGGCCCUCCCUGGUGAGGGGGAGCACCAUGCUGCCAAGGACACAUCCCAGCUGGAGGGAUGGGCAGUGUGAUGCCAUGCUCCCCACAGGCUGCCUACCUGCAGCAGGCAGGGGUGCGCACAGCUGUGCUGGAGAAGCGCCACGUGCUGGGCGGUGCGGCUGUCACGGAGGAGAUCGUGCCAGGGUUCAAGUUCUCCCGGGCAUCGUACCUGCUCAGCCUGCUGCGGCCACAAAUCUAUGCCGAGCUGGAGCUGGAGCGGUAUGGUCUGAGGGUGCUCCCAAGAGACCCCUACUCCUUCACCCCACUGCUGGAGGACAGGAGCCCUCCUCGCUCCCUCCUGCUGGGGCACAACAUGGCCCAGAAUCAACAGCAGAUUGCUCAAUUCUCACAGAAGGAUGCCCAGUCCUUGUUGUUCCCUCUCUGACCCCUUUCAGGCUUACCCUGAGUAUGAGGCGUUCAUGGGGUGCAUGGUGUCAGCCCUUGACCCACUGCUGGAUGCUCCUCCAGUGGAUACUGCUGCCCUGGGGAAGGGGUCCCUGCUCCAGCAACUCAGGAACCUGCGAGCCCUGCGGCCCCUGCUGCAGGCAGAUCCUGGAUCAGUGGUUUGAGUCAGAGCCCCUGAAGGCAACUCUGGCUACAGACGCGGUGAUUGGAGCCAUGGCUAGCCCUCACACCCCCGGCAGUGGGUACGUGCUGUUGCACCAUGUCAUGGGUGAGCUAGAGGGACGGCGGGGAGCCUGGGGCUACGUGGCAGGUGGGAUGGGAGCCCUGUCCCAAGCCAUUGCCUGUGCAGCAACAGCCCGGGGAGCCCACAUUUUUGCUGAGAAGGCAGUGUGCCAUGUGCUGCUGGGCAGGGACGGGCGGGCGCAGGGUGUUGCGCUGCAGGAUGGGACAGAGGUGAGGAGCAAACUGGUGCUGUCCAACGCCUCCCCCCAAAUCACUUUCCUGGAACUCACUCCUCAGGAGCAGCUGCCAAAGGAUUUUGUCCAGCGAAUCCGGCAGGUUGACACACGCUCCCCCGUCACCAAGAUCAAUGUGGCAGUGGAUCGGCUGCCCAGCUUCCUGGCUGCCCCCAAUGCCCGUGACGGCCAGCCCCUGCCCCACCACCAGUGCUCCAUACAUCUCAACUGCGAGAACACCCACCUCCUGCAUCAGGCAUUCACCGAGGCUACCCACGGACACCCCUCCAACAGGCCCAUGAUCGAGCUCUGCAUCCCAUCAGCGCUGGACCCAGGACUGGCCCCACAGGGCUGCCACGUUGUGUCCCUCUUCACCCAGUACACCCCAUCCAUGCUGGCAGAUGGUCAGUCCUGGGAUGAACAGGCCAGAAAUGCAUAUGCAGACAGGGUGUUUGACUGCAUUGAAGACUAUGCCCCAGGGUUCAAGGCAUCCGUCAUUGGCAGGGACAUCCUGACACCACCAGACCUGGAGAGGAUCUUCGGGCUGCCCGGUGGGAACAUCUUCCACGGAGGGAUGUCUCUGGACCAGCUGUACUUUGCCCGGCCAGCACCAUCUUACUCUGGCUACCGAUCCCCAAUUCCUGGCUUGUACCUGUGCGGAAGUGGAGCCCACCCUGGAGGAGGAGUGAUGGGAGCAGCAGGACGCAAUGCUGCCCAGGUGGCCCUCAAGGACUUCAGGCACCUCUGAUGACCGUGGUGACACUGACUUCACCAACACAGGCUUGUGGCAGCAGCAAGCCUUGGUGAUCCCAUGCAGACUCUUGUCCAUCUCCAAGUUGCUUCCCAGGCACCUCAGGGCAGCAUCCCCAGAGAGAUGGAGGGUGCAGUCUGGCAGGGUCCCUUGUGCUCUCAGUUGCUACUAUCAUCUUGAACAGGUAGCUGCUCCCAGCCUACCACAACCCAGCUUUGCUGCAGUGACUCAUGUGCACUGUGUGACCCUGGUAAGCCUCACUGAGCCCCUGCCCGUGACCAUGGAAAUAAACCCUGGCCCAGGCUCUGUCAUGA